CUGGGGUCGUCCAUCUGGGUGGUGCCGGUCUGUCCUGUUCUUUUUUUAUUAGCUUCUGUGGGCCCAUAUUGUCAGCCUUUAUUUGUUUGUUUUUUGGAAAUCGCGCCCAUUUUAGCUGUGGGUGGCAGCUAGCUCAGGUCGCUUUCCCCAUUUUUGCUUUUCCCGUUUGUUAUCGAGGGCGCUCUGCUCGGAGCGAGGGGCGCUCUCUCGCCGUGCUCAGAUGGCUACUAGAAGACGCAGAGAGCUACCUGAUUAUGGUAUGAGUAACAUAGGAGAAGAAGUUGAUGACGCCCCCAUUGAUGAAUGUUCAUCCGAUUCUGAUGGCGCUGGACUGUCCGAGCCUGAUGGUGAUCCCGCUCAAAGUGAAGGAUCAUCCUCUAGUGAUGACCAAGCUUUGCAGCGAAAACUGUACAAGGAAGUUUUAAUAGAUUAUGAAAGGCUUAAAGAAUUGAAAAGGAAACUCAAGUUGUCUGUAACCCUUGAGAACAACAAGUCUAAGCCUGACCACAAACCCAAAGACGCUUUCACCCGGUUUUCUGUCACAGCUUUUUCUUCUGUUUUGGAUUCUCUAAACCCCAGACAGAGAGAAGUCAUUGAGAGCUAUGGGUUUGGUUCCCUGUUGAAUUUUGACAAGUGCUUCGUCCCUAACAAAUUUGCAAAGUGGGUAGCUAAUGUGGUUGACUACAAGUAUGGAGAUAUAGUUGUUGAUGGCAAAAUUAUAUCAUUGACCAAGGAAUCUGUUCACUGUGUGCUUGGUAUCCCUCUUGGCGGCGAUCCAUUUCCUUCCGACACUGUCUGCGGGAAAGAAUUUGUUUUAAACAAGUUCCAAAAGAGUUCUAUACCGCCAGUGACUUUCUUUUCUAACAAGCUGGUCAAGGAAGGAGGAACGUUGUCUGAUGAGGAUCUCUUUGUCUGUUUCAUCAUUGUUGCUUUAAGUAGUUUUUUGUGUGCAAACUCUUCAUCAACCCCAAGCCCUAAGUAUUUUGGUAUUUUUGGUGAUAUCAAAAGAGUGAAAGAGUUUGACUGGUGUGGAUAUGUCUUGGAUUGGCUACUUGAUGGUGUCAAAUUGUUCAAAAAAUCUAAACCUUCUAGGGUCAAAGACAAUCGCACUCUUGCUGGAUGUCUCUACUACCUUGCUGUUGAUAUGGGUUUUGGCAAAUACGAGCUUUUGUAUCCCAAUGUCCCUCACCAACCACUGGAAAAUAGGCUAGUUACUUUGAUGUUUUCAGCCCCCAUUUUUUCAUAACCUCCUUACUGGUUGUCUUUCAAAAAAUUGUAUUUUAUUUACUGGUACUUUUUUUUUAUUUUUCCCGUGUGCCCCCAUGCAGUUUUGAUUCUGGCAUCUACACAAUGAUGUUCCUUGAGCACUGGAAGUCACCCAGGACAGUGAUGCGUAACAUAUUUGACUCGUCAGAUAUCAACAUCAUCAGAGUCAAAUUUGCUAAUGAUCUGCUAUUCCUCCCUGGAAAUUCUAGAAACAAAAAUCGCGUCAUUGAAUAUAGCAAUUGAGGCUUCAUCUAACACGAUUAUUUGGCACAUGUCAGGCUCCCAUUGAAAAUAUCAAGUUCAAGUUCUGCAUAUACAUAAACCAGAAAGAAUGUGUUAUUUUUUCUAUGCAAGAGGAUAUGACAUAGUAGUCUACAUAUAGUGCUUCUUUAUCCGUAGGAAAUGAUAUUGUAAUAGUCUGUGCAAGGUUAAUACUCUCCCGUGCUAUAGAAUACUCAUGUAAUACCAAACAGAACUUAUGUCACUUUUUUACAUCGUAUCUAGUAUCUUUGACAAGAAUAA